UGGAAAGGGAUCCUACAAACGCGACAUAUUCACACUCGCGUUUGUGAGCCUCGCAUUUGGCAUUGCUCGAUUGUGGCACCAUUCGAGCACACAGGUGAAUCGCCAAAGACGAGGGAAUCCGAUAGAGAGAGUUACACGCCGGCCACUCGGCCUCACUCACUUUCGUUCACGCCGACUGGAGUCCGGAUCAGAUCGAAGAACUUUUCGUCGCUAGUAAUCGCGAUUGUUUUUUUGUCAAUCGACUAAUCGUUGUAAAUAAAUGUGCGGUGUGAAGUGAAGAAGGUGUGAAUUUUAUUCCGAUGUGUGAAAGUUCCGCUUUAAAAGUCACCGAAAUACUCUUGUUGUAGUAUGAAAAAUUAUUGAAAAAUUGUACGAGUUAAAAAAAAAACAGUUUUUAUUCUAUUGUUGUCGCCCGGAAGCAUUUUCGAUCUUGCGGUUUCCGCGAAAAAUUGAGACACUUGAAAACCCGUUGAAAUGAGGGGGCUCGAAAGGAAUUUGUGUUUCAUAAUCGGCGUUUGCCUGCUGCGUGCAAGCUUCGCCAGCAAAUCUGUAAAUAUUUUACCAAAUCACAUAAAAAGUCUCGCCGAGGAUGAGAUUGCACGAGUUUUGCCAAAAAGCAAGGCAGAAAGCGUCGAAAACUUCACGAUCGUCGAAUUCAUCAACGAGAUGGCGAAUCACUCGACCGAUUACCACGAGUACCGUCACGAUGCUAACGAAGAAUGGUGGGUCACCGGACACCCCGAACUGCGACGCUCCAACCCUUAUUACAAAGUAUUCUCCGAAGAGAUUGACGUCGAGGCUAAAAAUUUCUUGCAGCUCGUGCCCACGUUCGAUCCAGCAAUAGAAGCGGUUAGCGAACAAUGCAGGAAACAUGCCGAAAUUUAUCACCGAGAGUUGAACAAAUUUUCACUUUGGGCUCUCAAAAUGUUCGAUGCCACUGCUAAAAUUCCGUCCGGAUUGUUGAGCGGGAAUGUUAAUCAGUUCGGGGAUUUCGACGAGUGUCUCGGAAUCGAAUCGGAUGAAGGAAUAAGAGGGCAGUACUGCCUCGCCUACUUACAGCUUGAGGUCGAUGAAUCGCGACCGGAUCUCAAGAAUCUUCACCGCCUUCUUCAUUCUCAUUAUGCAUUCAGGAGCAAUAUGAGCGAUCCCGGUCACCGGCUCCCACGAUUUUCAACGGUCAAUUGGGCCGUCUGCACACCCGCGGCAUGUUCGUCGAAAGACGUCGAAGUCUCCUUGAGGGAAACCAUAGCGAAGCACACUCUGGACACCGGUUUAAAAAUCAGAGUUCAGGUCGACAAGGACAUGUGUCAAGUUCAGCGGACGGAAAAGCUGCCGACCGCAACGUUGAUAGUCGGAUUUCUCUUCGUCGCCAUCGUCGUCCUGUCGAUCGUCGCUGGAGUCUGCGACCAUUGCGAGGCCAACGUGAGCGAAAUUAUUCUCUCGUUUUCCCUGAAACGCAACAUUGAAAAAUUGGUAUCACUGAAACGCGGAGAUGGUGACAUCGCCACUCUUCAUGGGAUCAGAACGCUCAACGCUUUCAUGCUCAUUGUCGCCCACAAGAGCAUGGCACUCGUCUUCAAUCCGUAUAUCAACAGAACCGAGAUGACCGAGUACAUUGGGAGACCUUGGACCGUGAUCGGAAGAGCGGCCAGUCUCUACACCGAUCUCUUCAUAAUGUUAUCCGGCCUCUUGACCACGUAUGCAUUCGUCGGAAGACUCAAGAAGACCGGAAACCUUGAUGUGAAAAAAGAGUACCUUUCGAGACUCGUGAGACUCAUCCCCACACUCGGUGCACUCAUACUUUUCUGCACGCAUAUAAUGCCGUUCAUUGGCUCUGGUCCACAGUGGAAUCUCGUGGUCACUCAUCACGCUGAAAUUUGCAAAGAAACGUGGUGGCGAAACUUUUUAUUUAUUCACAAUUAUUUCGGGUUCGAAAACAUGUGCCUCACACACACUCAUCAUCUGGGCAUCGAUACUCAACUUUUUGCACUUUCUCCAUUGCUCGUGAUGUUGCUCUACAAAAGACCGAAAAUCGGUUCCCUUGUUCUCGUCCUGAUUGCUACUCUUUCCACUGCACUUCGUUAUCACGUGACAAUUCACAAGAAUCUCAACAAUUACGUGUUUUUCGGUGCUUCGAUUCGACAACUCUUUGACACUGCUAAUUUCUCGUACAUUCUUCCAUCUCAUCGAUUGACCGUUUACAUCAUGGGAAUAUUCUUAGGGUAUCUGCUGAAAAAUUAUCCGGUCAAUUACAGAAUGAGUAAUACUGCUUUGAAUAUCGGAUGGAUCGUUUCGAGUCUCAUGACAUUGGGAGCAUUUUUCGGACCCGCUGGCAUGGGUUCGAUUCAUUACGUUCACAAUCCAAUGCACGCUGCGCUGUACUCUGCUUUCGCACCGAUUGGCUGGUGUGCAAUUUUCGCCUGGCUCGCUUUCAUCUCGCACACUGGAAACGGCGGUGGAUGGCUGGGAAAACUUUUUGCGUGGCGAGGUUUUUUGAUAUGCACCAGACUGAGUUACGCGAUUUACCUGACGCAAUUUCCUGUAUUUUUUUACAACGUUGGACAAACACGAAAUAAUGCUCACUACGGAUUCUUCAAGCUUAUGUUCAAUAUGAAUGAAUUGGGUUGGAUAAUCGGUACCUCAGCGGUUCUGACGCUGCUCUUCGACACACCGUUCCGGAACAUUAAAAAUCAUCUUCUCAAGAAAUCUCGAAUAGUCGGAGCCCCCACCAAAGUGGAUUGAUCGACGGGAUCAUGAGAAAGUUAAAAAGAAAAUGGAAAAAAUUCGAAUCAAAUUCAUUCGAAAGAUCAAAUGAUAUUAUUUUUUAAGGUAGCUCUGUACCUACACGUACGAACCAAAAGUUUCAGCCGCGGCGUACAAUGAAAUCCAAUGCUUAUGCGGUGCUGCCGGCUACACGGUUUUGUCAAAACUCUGCCUGUCCUACACAGUCACGUUUCAUGCACAAAUAGGUCUCUUUCCACUGUAAAGUGGCGUUUUAAUUGUGGCAACAACGCCAUUCUUCGGUAUUACUAUAGCGUCGAGCGUCAAAAUGUCAGUGUUUCCCGAAAUCUUAUUUAUUCGUCGCGAAAGAAGUUAAAAAGUGUUCAAAUGGUAAUUCAAUUGAGAAACGUGGUCGAACAUUAGAGAAAAAAGCUUUCGUAUUUUGCAUUGUAUUGCGCCUAUCAGUUCGCCGCACCGUAUACCGUUGUCAUAGCUGGUCAUCCGCCCGUUCCGCGUCACAUGAAAUUAACACGGUUCGUCAGUCGAUAUCUCCGAAACUAGAUGAUCGAAAAUUCCCAUUUUUUAAAAUAUUAACCCCACAAUAGUACUGAAUACACGAUUGGUUUUAUUUUAAAGUCGUAUGAUCCUUUUAGUGUCGGUAAUAAAAAAUGUAAACAAAGUGCUAUUCAGUGACGUGUUAAGUAUAGGCAUCGCGUACAAAAUGACCCAUUUUUAAUCGCGAAUAUCUCGAAAACUAAAUGGUAAAUAGAUUUGAAAUUUGAAUAGUCUUUACAUCAUAUUUAAAUUUCAGCCCGUUUUUAAGAUUUCAACGAAAGUACAGAACUAUCUUAUUAAGGGGAUUUUGUAAAUAUCUAACGCGAUCAAAAGCUCCCGACAAAAUGUCGAAAUUUUAUACAAUUUUUGUACGUUCUUACACUCGUACGCGAAUAAAUUUUGCGACUACCAGAAUAUUGAAUGGUGCGUGACACUAUCGCUGGAGUUCAUCAAUUGGCAGUGAUCGAUUGAUUUUUUUAAGCUAUGGAAUAGUCAUUAAAAAAUAGAAAUAAUUCAAAUUUUGUAAACCUUAACAGAAUUAGAGGAAACGACAGCUAUGCUGGGAGCCCCUGAAACAACAGAUUGACCUUAACUCUCGUAUGUUAAUCAUUUUUCUGUAUUCUUUUACACGAGGAAAAGCAGACGUGAAUCGCUUUUUCUUAUCAAAUUUUAUAUCGUUUUUCAAAGUUUUCGAGAAACUGAAAAAUUUCGAGAGCCUUCUUUGUUCAAUUUUUCUAGGAUAUCUGUAUUGAUAAAUAUUUUCUUCAAAAAAGACCAAUUACUCUAAUUUUGUGUAUACGUUAACCAGUCACGCCAUUAUUUAAAGCAGUAUUUUUCUAGUCUAUUUUUUCAAAGAAGCCAUUAAAAAAAAUUAUUGAGCGUGUAACACGUCAUGAGAAAUGUGACAUUAACUUCGAACUCUUAUUUUCUAUGAAAUUCAAAAAAAUUAUGACCAUUAUAAAAACCAAAUAAAUCUAUGCAAAUAAUAAAAAAAGUUUAGAUUAUCUUCAGAAAUAUGUUGAGUAUCAAUAAAUUAUGUUUCAAAUA